AUGUCCAUGACAGAUCACUGUGUUACGCAUGAUACAAACAAAAAAGUAAUCAAUGCUAUGGCUUACGAAUUAAAAUAUGAAGAGAUAGAAAAAUGGUCGUACAUUGAUAUAGCAGUUGUGAAAGUUGAAUCUCCCUACGACUUUGCGGACAAAACAUUUGAGGAAAAGUGUUCUUACAUACCUGCGCCUAUAAUAAUUAAUUAUGAAAUGAAAUACCAAGAGCCAGGCGUCGAUGCCAUCGUCUUGGGUUGGGGUCAUCGAGCAAAGUGGCGACAGCAAUUAGACCCAAAAGACUACAAUCAAGAAAAGUUGAAUUAUGCACCAACAUUGAUACAAAAUAAAGAAGAUUGUAAAAAAGAGUACGAAGUAUAUAAAGGAAUGGAUCAAAUAAUAGACAAUUAUAUGAUUUGUACUUUCGAAAAAGGAAAUAUAAAUGAUGCGGGUGAGACUAUUGUCAAAUCACCACCUACAGCACAGGGAUGUUUACCUAAGUCGUCGAGACUUCGUGGGUAUGAAGGUGCUUCAUGUGAAAGUGCCAAUCCUCCGGACCAAGAAAUGCUGUUAGUAGAAAAUACAAGAAAAGACAAUGUAGUUCUGAAAAAUAUGACAGCUAAAGUAAGAGUAAAUCUCAAACCAGACGUGGUCAAUGAUGAAAUUGUAAAUGGUUCAAGAGUAGAAAAGGAUUCAUUAAAUGUUUCAAAUUCAAGAAGAAUGAAUACUAGGAGGCACGGGAUUUGUCAGAAUGAUCACGGCGGACCUCUGGUCACUUGGGUGGGGUCUCACGAAGUACUUAUUGGUGUUGCAUCAGUUUUUAAGAUCACAGAGGACCUUGACUGCAUAGGGCCAUAUUUAUUUACCAGUACUCAAUGUAAUGGAGCGUUCCUCGAUUGUAUACUGCGAUCUGACUCAAACGUAACCCCGCAAAUGAGACGAGUAAUUUGCAAUAAUAUUACUAACAAUGGAUUCAAGUUAAUCGAAAGACACAUUUCAUGGAAAAAUCACCCUGAUGGGCCUGCAGAAAACGAAAUAUACGACAUCCAUGCACCAACGAUAACCAAUAGUUCCUUAUUAAAUCUAAACAAAUCUAACAAAUCAGAAAACCAUAAAAAGAAUGACACAGAUAUUUAUAAUGUAACAAAAUUCAUUGAAGACAGCCUUGUUACAAACCUUAAUCCUAUAACCAAAAAGGUUGAAAUUACAACGACAAACUUACCAAAUACGAAUCCAAAUAACGCUACAUCUCCAAGUACUCUUUUACCAACAACUGUUGAUAAAAAUGUUACCAUGACAACCACAGACAAGAAAAUUAAUAGUACGGAAACUACAAUUUCGAUAAAGGUUACCACAACAGUCCCACAGAAGCUUGCAACAAAAUAA